CUUACAGCUUCGGACGUUUUGCAUUGUUCUCCUAAAUUUUGGGCUCUGCAAGCCGAUCCCAUCAUGGCAACAGACAUCGCAUGUUACACCAUCUUGGCGGCUCACGUUGGACUCACGAUCGGUACUAUUGCAAAGUUUGCAGAGUCUAGGGAUGAUUUGAAGUCUCUUAUCGAAAAACUCCUACGACUUGAUAUUGUCGGCGUUUAUUUACUGAGCGAGCGAGGUCACGGACUAGACGCUUUCAAUAUUGAAACAACUGCUACACUUACUGAACAUCAUUUCAUUCUCAAUACUCCUCGAGAGGAGGCAGCGAAAUGGAUGCCCGCGACAACCCCGUUGUAUGGUGUUCGAAAGGUGGCGGUUGUGAUGGCGCGAUUGAUCGUUUCUGGCUCUGAUCGAGGUGUUCGGCCCUUUAUCGUGCCCAUAUGCGAUACCCGACAGAUGUGCAGUGGAAUUACCUCCACAAGACUCCCACCUCGCACAGGGUCAUCUCCGCUCGAUUUUUCUAUUACAAGUUUCAAUAAUGUUCGGUUGCCUCAUAGUGCCUUACUAGGAGCCGAUCUUGGGCUACCUGAAGACCCAUUGAAAGCAUGGUGGGAUGAGAUGUGGCGAAUACCCUUAGGAACGGCUGCUGUGGCUGCUCCUCUCAUACAGGGAGUUAGACACGCAGCAUAUAUUGGUGGCCAGUAUUCUCUACAUCGAAUGAUCAUGGGGAAAGGCCCAGCGCCUGUUUCUAUCCUGACCUUCCGCACGCAACAGCGCCCUGUCCUCCAAGCCAUUGCAUGUGCAAUGGUUCUCCAUAACUGGUUUCCUCGCUGCAUAAAGGAUUUAAUGAAUGAUAGUCUUGAUCAUCGGGUCAGACAUGGGCUGGCUGUUAUUUUGAAGACGAGUGCAAGCCGCCUUUCACAGCUUUGCAUUCGCGAAGUUGCGGAACGUUGU